UCAUACCACCGCCAUCUGCGGGUCGGGGCGGAUGGUUUCAUUGUUUCUCAACAAAAUUUGUAUAAAAUCAAAAUGAAUUAUGGCUCCGAGCUCGUCGAAAUGAAAGACAUGGAAAAGGAAGAUGGAAAAGAAAGCGAAGAACAGGAAAUAUGCUACGAAAACUUUCAACUACCUGAUGGAGGAUUUGGUUGGGUGAUAGUCAUUGCAGCCUUCUCAGUGCAAUUUUGCGUACUGGGAACGAUGAAUAAUUUCGGCAUACUUUUCUCCGAACUGCUGGUAGAAUUCAAUGAGUCCAAACAGGCAACGUCAUGGGUUGGAUCGAUCACAUAUGGACUAAUGUUUAUGUCCAGACCAAUAGCUACAUCUUUAUGUGAACGAAUUGGUUGCCGACCUGUUGCGAUAUUGGGAGGAAUUAUAGGCGCUGUUGGAACUCUACUAGCCUCGUUUUCAAAUAACAUAUACAAGAUGUAUGUAACUCAAGGUUUUUUAUUUGGCGUUGGAGCUAGUUUGUGCUACUUUCCUUCUGUCAUUAUACUACCUCAGUACUUCUGUAAACGGUUAUCGUUGGCAAACGGGCUAGUGUCGUGCGGAUCAGGAGUAGGAACAAUGGCAAUGGGCCCGGUAAUUAACGAAUUGAUAUCGAGUUAUGGUUGGCGAAUGUGUGUCAGAUUUUCUUCAGUUUUAAUGAUCACAGUUUCCGUUAUCAGUAUACUUUACAGACCAAGAUUUCAACCAAUGGGCGCUCAACAAUUGCGGAAACACAAAAAGCCGUUGUUCGACUUUUCUGUGUUUCAAAAUAAAGCCUUCCUAGCGUUCACAUUUGCGCUGUUUUUAUUUAUGCUGUCAUACUUCGUCCCGUUCGUACACUUGGCGCAAAUGGCAGUCGAGCAUGGCGUUCCGAUGAAAAAAGCAUCUCUCUUAAUCGGCUUCAUGUCCGUUUCUUCGACAUUUGGUAGAUUAUUUUUUGGCAAAAUUGCCGACAGCCGAAGAAUCAAUAGAUUAUAUGUAUAUCAAAUAUCUUUAUUGGGGAUUGGUGUUGCGAACACGUUAUGUCCUGUGAUGGUUUCCUUUCCCGGUUUUUUAGUCUAUUGUACAAUAUUUGGAUUUUUUGAAGGAUGUUAUGUUUGCCAAUGUGCUGUAUUAACAGGUGAUAUAGUCGGAAGAGAAAGAAUGGCGUUGGGAGUCGGGACUUUAUUUGGAAUUAAAUCAAUACCAUUAACCUUAGGGCCACCUCUAGCAGGUUUUCUCUACGAUAUAUCUAAUUCAUAUCAAGUCGCCUUCUUCGUGGCAGGAGCAGUUUCCACGUUAGCAGCAUGUGUUAUGUUCACUAUACCCUUUCUAAUGCCACCAUCUGACCACUUGUUUUGGAAACACCGUCACACAUUUUCAAUGAAGUUUCUUCUGCCGAGCACUUCUUCAAAUUCAGAAGAUUCUGUUGAUGGCAAUAAUAAUAAUAUGGAGAAGAAUACAACAGAUAAAAAUAAUAAGUAUUUAGAUGGAAAAAGUUAUUUGUAUCCAGGAAAGAGUCAAUCGUUUGUCUCGAUAGGUCAACUCUAUUUUGAUGUAGAAAAGAAAGUUAGUAUGAGAGAUAUUGGUAGCGUGUCAUCACUUGGAACGAUAUUGAUUAGUCCAAAUGUUAAAAAAGAAUCGUCGAAUUUAAUCAUUGUCGAUCGUUCAACUGUCGUAUGAUCAUCGUGAAAAUCUGUACAACCACCAUCACGUUUCACCAGCGUUAUUAAUUAAAGACUUGAUUUUUAUUUAUGUAUACCUAUAUUUCUUUAUCAGCUA